UCUCAUGUUUAAUAGAUCUCCUUCAUGGUUCUAAUUUUGCCAUUAGGAACUUAGAUUUCAGGAACUUUCCUUUUAGUAUAGUGUAACCAAUAAAGAUGGAUCUCCUUCAUAGUAAUGGUGUGCUUAUAAUUCAGCAUUUACAGAAGGAUUACAGGUCUUACCAGGACUUUCUAAAUUUCAUGUCACAUGUAGGAGAUCCCCGGAAUAUAUUUUUAAUUUAUUUUCCUCUUUGGUUCCAGCUUAACCAAAUGGUUGGUACUAAAAUGAUAUGGGUGGCAGUCAUUGGAGAUUGGUUCAACCUCAUAUUUAAAUGGAUUUUAUUUGGCCAUCGCCCAUAUUGGUGGGUCCAAGAAACCAUGAUCUAUCCCAAUCAAUCGAGCCCAUGUCUUGAACAAUUUCCUAUAACAUGUGAAACGGGGCCAGGAAGCCCAUCUGGCCAUGCCAUGGGAUCUUCUUGUGUCUGGUAUGUAAUGGUAACAGCAGCACUUAGCUACACAGUAAAAUGGAAAGAUGAAUCUUCAGUUACUCUGCACAGACUUACCUGGUCAUUCCUCUGGAGUGUGUUUUGGAUUAUUCAAAUCAGUGUGUGUGUGUCUAGAGUAUUCAUAGCAACACAUUUCCCACAUCAAGUUAUUCUUGGAGUAAUUGGUGGAAUGCUUGUUGCUGAAGCAUUUGAACAUACUCCUGCAAUCCAUACAGCUAGUUUGAGAACAUACAUCAAGACAAAUGCGUUUCUCUUUAUCUUUGCUCUUGGCUUUUACCUGCUUCUCAAACUUAUUGAUGUUGAUCUUCUGUGGUCUGUUCCCAAGGCAAAGAAAUGGUGUGCCAACCCAGAUUGGAUAAAUAUUGACACAACUCCAUUUGCUGGACUGGUGAGAAAUUUAGGUGCACUCUUUGGUUUAGGUCUUGGGAUUAAUUCGGAAAUGUUCAUCAUGAGCUGUAAAGGUAUAAAUGGAUAUAAAAUGAGUUUCAGGCUACUGUGCAUAGCUGCUUCUUUAGCAGCCUUGCAGCUGUUCGAUUUUAUCAAGUUACCUACACAUACUGAGUAUUUGUUUUAUGUUCUUUCUUUUUGUAAAAGUGCAGCCAUACCUCUUACUGUAGUUGCUUUGAUUCCAUACUGCAUACACCUGUUAAUGAGGCCAACUGAAAAGAAGUUAAAUUAGGUGAACUUUCAGAAUAGUCUGAAAGAAUGUGGGCACAUCUGGAUAUAAGUAGUGGUCUGUGACCCACUGCAAAGAUCAUUAUUUUUGUACUCCAUUCUAAACAGAGGUGGGUGUCACUAUGUGUGUGUUUUUGCUUUUGGUAAAUACCAUGUCAAAAGACAGUACAUCCUGAAAUGACACUGUCAUGUCAGAAUCACUGAUUGACUUGCACUUUGACUUCAUUCCCAGAAGUAUUGCAAAGAUUGACAAUGCAGUAUGACUGUCUAACACCCCUCAGAGUAUGUACAUGUUUUGACGCUUGUUGGGAUUAGUCCCAGCUUGUAGUUUUUUUUAGUUUUUGUACACUUUCACUUAGAUGGUGCUUUAUCUCCCAUAUCAUUCCACUUUCAAUUUUAUAUCUACAUAUAAAUGCUGCCUAUUAGUAUGCUGGAAAAUUAGGUGUGAUAAAAAUCACACUAACUCAACUGCAUGAAUGUAGUGUGAUGAAGCUUUCUCCAUAGUUCGCAAAACUUUAGAUUUAAUUUAGUGUUUUCUAAAUGAUGCAUCUUCUGACUGAGUCAGGAAAAAAGAAUAAAUUAUUUUUUAAAAGAUUAGUGUUAAACAAUGUAAUUUCAGGCCACUAGAUUCUAUUUCUAGGGCUAUCGACAGAGCAGAUAACUUUGUAUUGAUAUGUUGCUUUCUGUAUUUUUCUUUUAAAAUUAGCUAAAUGCAAAAUAUUGACAUGAAGAGGCAAUAAAUUCUAUUUACUAAAACUACUACACAUUUAACUUUAUGGAAACUCUUGAACAUAGCACAUUAAAUCAGUGUUAUUUGGGUAUGCAUCUACACAGAGUAACUACUGUAGAAACUCAUUUAGUGUGAAUUCAUGUCAUCUCAACACACCUCCUAGUGUGUUAUGCUUGUUCCUGACUUUCAAAUGUAAACCAGUCUAAUAAUCUCAAUUUAAAGAGUACCCAACCACAAUCAUGAUUUAGUGGUGGAAUUGGUCAAGAUAAUUCUUUGUUGCCAUAAAUGAAAAAGCAAUUCAAGAGUAAAACAUGCCAUGCUUAUGUUUGGCCAACUUUGUUUGGACAACCACAAAGAUAGCUGUUAUAAUAUAGUAUACGUUUACUAUAAUACUCAUUUGUGAACUGACGGGGCUGAUUAAUCUGGCACUAUAAUUAUGUAAAACCAAUUAUAUCCCUUUGUAUAUAUUUUAAUGCAUUUCUGUCAUUGCACAUUGACUUUCUAAAAUUCAUAUCCCAUAUAAUUUCUGGGUGAGGUACCUUUUUAGAGUACAGCUAAGAUAUAGUAUAUUGGUGCCUCUCAUAGGGUUUUCAGACUCCAUACUAAGACCGAGACGGGGCAAAGGCUGAAGGAGCACUGGGACUGUAAGGCCCCAUCCCUUAGGUACUUUGCCUAGGGCUUAGGCUAGUUUACCCUUAUGGUCCCUUCUAACCCGAUGGUUCUAUGAUUCUACUUACAAGCAUGCUCUUGGGGAAAGGACUAGGCAGGAGAGAGAAAAGAGGGAAACCAUUUCCUGGAGAAGCACUUCUUUGCAGUGGCAGAAGAAACCUCUACUGAGGGAUUCUGGCUGCGAGUCCUCCCAUCCUGACGCUACCCAAGGAGAAGGUAGAACCAGUGACAAUGGUACCAUAGAGACACAAGCAUUGGAACAAUGACAAUGAUGAGAGUUCAACUACUUAUCCUCCUUUCCCCACUUCCUGUGACCAUCAAGAGUUGUGGGGGGUGGAGUGGCAGCGCAGUGCAUUUUGUGUCACUCAUUCCACCUGAUGCCCCAUAACUUCCUGGAAAAUGGAGCCCCUCCCACCUUGCCCAGGGGCCUGGCAAGUUUGUCAGACCCCUUGUUACUAGCUAAUUCAGACACUGUAUCUACUGCUUUUCAGAGACGUGAACAAAUAUCAAGUUCCUACUUGAACUGCUUUAUAUUCUGUCCACAAGUAUAUGAAAACAUCCUAAAGACGAGAAGGAUGUACAAUUUUGACAGAUAUGCAUGAGAGCUUAUUAUGUCUGAACUAAGUGCUUUACUUGGCUAUUUACAAAGCAUUUUCCUCUGCCUUGAUGCAAUGUCAGUAAUUUAGUAAUCAUCUGUGACAUUUCAGUGCAAAGUGAAUGAAUACCAACAAAAUCUAGGCAAAACUUCAUGGACAUCCGUCAAUAGUCAGAAAUAAAAGAAAAGUGCUGGGCACUCAAAUUGCAGUGCCUGAAAGGCUUUACUUUAUAGCCCCAAAUCCUUGAAAUACUGUUUAUAUCACAAUAGGAGACCUUUUGGUUUCAUAUUUCAAUAUUCCACCCAUAUUAACUGUGCUUUCUGUACAAUUAGAACAAUGAGAUAAGGGAAUUCUCAUUUUAUUUUUAGCAAUGUGUAAGUAAUAAAUUAACCUAUUGGGCAGAAAGAGGUUAUUUCGUGAACCUUAUCUUUUUUUGCAUUAGGAAUUUGAUAAAUAUGGAAAUCAUUUUAAUUAUCCUAGGAGCACUUAAUAUUUGGGUCUUUCAUGAAAAGAGUAUCUGUGACACUGAACAGCAACUUGUCUUGGUUCUAGAAAUGGCAAUUUUUACCAGUGAAUGCACAUCUAGUAUUGAGAACAGGCCUCAAUGCAUAGAAAGUCAGGAAUGAAGUACAACAUACAGGACAUAGAAAGUCAGGAAUGAAGUACAACAUACAGGAAUAAUCCACAACAUUACUGUCUUCCAAGUACUGAUACAUGUACUCAGGUACUCUAAUUAGCAAACAUAGCAGAUUCCAAAUACUUACUUGCCUAUUUAUUGGAUUUGUGUUCAGCUUAGGAGAGUACAAGACGGGUUUUAUGCAUGUCCCUACCACCAAUGUCAAUGUGGUAACUACACUGUAGUUACAAUGUGAAUGAAAAAUAACUUUGGUUAUACCUGUUCUGAAUAACAAGGUCUAAUAUGCUUACUUUGGUUUGUAACAGUGCACAUAGUAAUAUAACAAGAAUGGAAAUUUUCUUACCCAAUCAUUUUCAUUCUUCUAGCAGCAUCUUCCACAACCGUCAGACAUAUAUAUGGGUUAUUUCCCUCCUGUCUACAGUUUCUGGAGGCAAUUUAAAGCUAUAGAACAGGGAUUCCCAACCUUUUUCGGUCCCCGUGCCCCCUUGGCUUUUAGUAAACCUUCCCGUACCCCU